GCCUUGAGGUGUAUAAAAGGAGCUGUCGAGGCUGUGUCCAUCCUGGCUCACUGUUGUAGCGGUAGGUGUCAGGACCACAGGGAGGAACACACACCUGGAGCAGGACUUGGUCAAUUUGCAACCAUGCCUUUCAGUAGCACUCACAACAAAUGGAAGCUGAACUAUACAGCAGAGGAAGAGUUUCCUGACCUCAGCAAACAUAACAACCACAUGGCCAAGGCUUUGACCCUUGAUAUCUACAAACAACUCCGCGAGAAGGAGACUCCCAGUGGCUUCACCCUUGACGAUGUAAUCCAGACCGGAGUGGACAAUCCAGGUCACCCCUUCAUCAUGACCGUGGGCUGUGUUGCUGGGGACGAGGAAUCUUACGAUGUCUUCAAGGCCCUCUUCGACCCCGUCAUUCAGGAUCGUCACGGUGGCUACAAACCAACAGACAAGCACAAGACUGACCUCAACCAUGAGAACCUGAAGGGCGGUGAUGACCUUGACCCCAACUACGUGCUGAGCAGCAGGGUCCGAACUGGCCGCAGUAUCAAGGGCAUUGCGCUGCCACCUCACUGCAGCCGGGGAGAACGCCGUCUCAUUGAGAAACUCAGUAUAAAUGCUCUCAACAGCCUGACUGGUGAGCUCAAGGGCAAAUAUUACCCUCUGUCCACUAUGUCUGACGCCGAGCAGCAGCAGCUGAUUGAUGACCACUUCCUGUUUGAUAAGCCCAUCUCCCCACUGCUCCUGGCCUCUGGAAUGGCCCGCGACUGGCCUGAUGCAAGAGGAAUUUGGCACAAUGACAACAAGACGUUCUUGGUCUGGAUCAAUGAGGAAGACCAUCUCCGAGUCAUCUCGAUGCAGAAAGGUGGCAACAUGAAGGAGGUGUUCACACGCUUCUGUGUGGGCCUGAAGAAGAUUGAGGACAUCUUCAAAGAGGCCGGACGCGGUUUUAUGUGGAAUGAGCAUCUUGGCUACGUCCUGACCUGCCCAUCUAACCUGGGCACUGGGCUGCGUGGUGGUGUCCACGUUAAAAUCCCUCACCUGUGCAAGCACGAGAAAUUCGACGAGGUCCUCAAGAGGACGAGGCUGCAGAAGCGUGGCACAGGUGGUGUCGACACUGAAGCAGUUGGCAGUGUCUAUGACAUCUCCAACGCUGAUCGCCUGGGCUUCUCUGAGGUCGAGCAGGUCCAAAUGGUGGUUGACGGCGUGAAGCUGAUGAUCGAGAUGGAGAAGCGACUGGAGAAGGGGAAGAGCAUCGAUGACCUGAUGCCAGCCCAGAAGUAAACCAGAAGAGGCAGCGGCGGACCAGAGAGGAAUUCUGAGCUGCCUCGGAACAUCACAGGUCAUGAACUUUGAACUUUGGAGGGAGCUUCUCACCCUUGUACUACCUAGGCCACAGGCUUAUCUCUCAGAUAUAGAUUACAUCACUCGAGGAAAUGGAAGGUUGGCUUUAGUCAUGUGGAAAUGCUCCUAGACACCUCUUAACAUUGACAACACACAUCAAUAAAACAUGGUCCCAGA